CGUUGACGCAAGCAAAAGCUUGUGAUAUGUCUUCAACAAGCUGUGCCUCGCUAAUCGGCCCCGGCCGAGUGCGGUUGACACUACGCACUGCCGAGCUUCAAAGAACUAUUUUGCAUUGCGUUUUUGCGGAUUUUUUCCGCUUUACUUCUUAGCGUAGUCCAACUUGCUGGACGCCUUGGUCUUCGCUGACCUCCGGCUUCUUUGAUGCUGAAGUUAAUCGGCGUUUCUUUGACGUUCGCGACUCUGAUUCCGCUCCGUGACGUCACCUAGCCGCCAAUUCGCAUAAUCCUUUUUUACCAGUCCGAAAAUCCCGCAGUGUGUCUGGUUCUGUUGUAGACCGUGUACGUCGUCGACUCAGUGGUGAAAUCAUACAGACGUUAUGUUGAUAAAUAUUGGCUAACUGGCCGCUGCUGAUGGAUUUUAUUAUUAUGUAGUAACAAGACGCCACCGCCGGCGGCCUGCCCGUAGUUAUGUCCCGGCCACACAAAUGUGCGAUUGACAGUGCAUACACGGAACAACAUUCAAUUGAUUGAGUGCGGAUUAUCAGUUUUUUAGUGUAACAUGCUGAAUGCUGCUAAGUCACUCGAUAGUGCAGCCACGUCCCAGAACAUUUACGCUUUGCUAGAACAAACCCCAAAGUAUUUGAGUAGACUGUGGGCUUAAUACCUUGACGAGAAGGCAUCUACAAUCCGAAUUGUUUUCUGUUAGUGAAAAUCACUAGGGGGAGAAUUGUGGUUUUUGCGUGUUGGAAGCAACGCACAGGUCCUCAGGACACCGCUAAGGCGGAGUCUGGUUGUCGCGGUUUCCAGGGUGUGUUGUGCAGCUGUAAUCCGCUUUUCAUUGCUGCCCCUUCGGAGAGGCGUUGGUGUUCUUCCAAAACUUCUUGUCUUCCUCAGUGAGGUCGCAAGCUUUGAAACUGGCCCCUGUUUUUCGGAGAUGUCGGCACAUACUGAAACCAUGACUCUAGGAAUUCCAUUGUCCCCUACGGGGGAACUCGUCGACGCAGUGCCGCACGCAACUGCGGCUACCGAGCACCUGCACGAGCAUGCGAUUGUGAUGAUCAUUGCCAGCAUUUCCUUCAUCUAUCUCCUCUCGGCAGUUCUUGCUGGUCUUGUUGGCCUUCUUCCGAAAUUCAGACCCCCGAUCACGGUUGUUCUGUUUCUGGCUGGCAUGUCUUUGCAGCCGCUCUUGGAAUGGAUGCAAAACCGUGUGCUUCUUCAAGGCAUACGACUCAUCGGCAACGUCGAUCCAUACCUCAUCUUCUUCGCGCUCCUUCCCAUGUGCCUUUACGAAAGUUCCGCUUUCGUCAAUUACCAUAUGUUCAAGCAGGUUCUGCCCUCAAGUCUCCUUCUUGCAAUCCCAGGGGUUGCAGUGAACAUCGGGCUCGUCGGAGUUUUCCUUCGAUACGGAGUUUCGCGCGUCUACGAUUGGCCGGCAGCCCUGAUGACUGCAUCUAUUGUCUCAGCCACAGAUCCUGUCGCAGUCAUUGCGUGUCUCCGUGCCCUCGGCGCCCCUGAAAAGCUUUCUUCCCUCAUAGACGGGGAGUCGCUUUUGAAUGAUGGAUCGGCUGUCGUCUUCUUCGAGGUCUUCCGCUCUAUCGUGAUUGGGACAUACACAGGAGUCGGCUCUUCCGUCGUUCUCUUCAGUCAACUCUCGUUCGGGGCCUUGGGGUACGGUCUAGCAGUAGCCAUCGUUCUUUACCUCUGGCUCUUGACAGUCCGCGAAUUCGAGAUUGUUCAAGUGACUGGAACAAUUGCGGCCGUCUUCACGGUCUUCUUCACAGCGGACCACUUCCUCCACGUCAGCGGUGUCCUGGCGGUUGUCACUCUCGGGAUUUUUAUGGCGGCCAAGGGCUCGACAGCUCUCCAGAGGUCCAUUCAGAAACUCCACCAUGAGUCUGUCGAGCUUCUUUCCACGCUUUCGGUCCAAGCCAUUUUCGUCUGUGGUGGAGUCAUUGCAUCUCGGCUUCUAAUUCAGUACGCGGACACCUGGCAAGAGUGGGUCGAGCUACUCCUGCUCUUCGCCGUGCUGCAAACUGCACGCUUCGCUGUCGUCUUCGGUUCAUGGCCCUUCAUCACAUGGAUGGGGCUGCCCCUCAGCUGGAAGGAGUGUUUCAUCAUCUCGUACGGUGGCCUUCGCGGCGUCAUCUGUCUCGCCUUAGGCCUGGUUGUCGAGGCAGAUCCUCUCAUCUCCCCAACGCUGCGGGAGCACGUCGGAAUCUGCGUGGCAGGCACUGUGAUCUUUACGCUUCUCAUAAAUGGAACGACAGCAGAGCUGGCGUACACGCGUCUGCGGCUGUACCCCAUCUCCAAGUAUCGCCGAGAGUAUCUGGAUUCGGUGUUGGCCUCCAUUGAUGUCUCGUUCAACCGCAAGAAAAACGAACUGAAGGACUACUGGCUGUUCAGAGGAACAGACGUGGUUCAAGCGGCGAACGAGGCGCUUCCGCAGUUUUCCAAGGGUCACCUGGAUGUGAAUGGAAACCUACAUAUUCCUACCAAGUCGUUCAGAGAAGUUCUUCGAAACCCUCCGUCGUGCGAGAACUGGAAUGUCCAAGCUCAAGUGACGGGAUUGGCAAAGCUGGAAUCGAGAGAUUUUGGUGUGCCAUCACAACUCGGCGACUGGACUCAUGGACUUGUCUCGACGAUCAAGAACGUGAAGCAGCUGACCAGCCGCCAGCAGCGUAGCCCAGAGUCUAGGGAUGACCAGCACAACCCUGAGGAAGUCACGUUGGUGGAUAAGGAGGCAGGGCAGCUCGAGAAGGAAGUCCACGUCCUCCACAUCAUGUUCAGUGCGAUGAGAGAAUUUUACUCAGGCAUGUACAAGCGGUCAAACAUUGGCGGAACAGCAUGCUUGCUUCUCACGUCGACUGUUGACAAAUGCCACUCUCAUCUCGACGCUCAGCUUCACGAUAUGACUACGAAUAAAAAGUCCCGGAAGAACGCGAAUAACACAAAUGUCUUUUCCUUCGAAUGGGAAGUUCUCCUGGCUUCCCUUAGAACGCGUUACGGCUUGUGGAAGUGUCUCAACGCGAUGCCUUGCGACGCAUUCGACCUCCUCAAGUCCUACCUGAUCUCCAUUAUCGAGACGCUUUACGCUGUGGUCGAGGCCCACGAGUUCGUGAAUCAGUCUAACCGGAAAGAAAUGGAAGAGCUCAUCAGUCAGGCGACGCUGAUGCCUUCGGACGACGUUGUCACAUCCGCGAAAGAACUGCUGGAGAAAUUGAGGAACACUUUCCCAGUCGCCUUCUCACAGUGUCUUGUUAUUAUCGCCGCACAUAUGCUUCUCAACGCGAAGCAAAAGGUGCUCGACGAAGAAAUUGAACGAGGCUUGGUCUUCCCGGAAGAUGCCGACAAACUAAAUGAGGCCCUUAUUGAACAACGCAUGAUGCUUGAGCGAAUCAUCCGAUGAGGCAGAGAUGGUUCACCACGCCUGUCGCGUAUACGUAUAUGUGCGCAUGCGUGAAUGUUCUCAUGCGAUUUCGCCGUUGUUCCCUAUAUAUAUAUAUAUAUGCAGGAAGUGACACCUAUAAGCUCCUGAGCAGUAAAGCGAAAGCUCAUUCAAAAUCGCUCUUUCCGAGUACUGCAAAUUUUGUUAUUGCGUUAGUUCGCCGUUCAAUGCGGAUCUAAGUAGAUCCACUGAACCCUCAAUCGUUUUUUUCUCUCAGCGAUGAGAGGACUGGUGCGCUCGAUCCAUCGCUUUCCUGUGAAGGACGACCGUAAACAUUCAAGACAAAAACCAAUUCGUUUAUGCUCACCUAGAGUGCCCAGUAUUGCGGAGCCAACAUUGGUUUUUGACCGACUGUGUGAGUAGUAUCGACGACGAGUCGGACUGCGCGCCUCGAUUUUGGAUUUCCUUGUUUCUAGGAACCAUACUUAAAGCACAAACGGUGGAGCAGAGAGAGCA